AUGUCACGAUUUGGGUAUGUGUGGCCUUCUCAGCUUGAUUGUAAUACAUUCCCUAAUCCAAAGGAUGAAAUAUGUGUCGGACGAAAUAACUCUACAACGACUCCGACACGUCCGAAAAAGACUAUCGUAUCACUGCCGAUAGUGGCUUCACAACAUCGAUGUCAGACGCUUACAAUCAACGCUUGUAAAGGAUUGAGUUAUAGCCGAACUUUAUUUCCGAAUUUUGAAAACCAUCGAACACAAGGACAGGCUGAUGCGCUGGUUAAUCACUUCAAACCACUUUUCAAGGUAAAAUGCUCACCCGAUUUGAAAUAUUUUAUAUGUACCUAUUACGCGCCCGUGUGCAAUCCUUUGGGAAAACUUAUCAAGCCUUGUAAAUCGCUCUGCGAAACCGCUCGCAACGAUUGUCGUCAUGUCAUGUCACGAUUUGGGUAUGCGUGGCCUUCUCAGCUUGAUUGUAAUAAAUUCCCUAAUCCAAAGGAUGGAAUAUUUGUCGGCCGGGCAGUCGAACGAAAUAACUCUACAACGACUCCGACACGUCCGAAAAAGACUAUCGUAUCACUGCCAAUAGUGGCUUCACAACAUCGAUGUCAGACGCUUAGAAUCAACGCUUGUAAAGGAUUGAGUUAUAGCCGAACUUUAUUUCCGAAUUUUGAAAACCAUCGAAGACAAAGACAAGCUGGUGCGCUGGUUAAUCACUUCAAACCACUUUUCAAGGUAAAAUGCUCGCCCGAUUUGAAGUAUUUUAUAUGUACCUAUUACGCGCCCGUGUGUAAUCCUUUGGGAAAACUUAUCAAGCCUUGUAAAUCGCUCUGCGAAACCGCUCGCAACGAUUGUCGUCAUGUCAUGUCACGAUUUGGGUAUGUGUGGCCUUCUCAGCUUGAUUGUAAUAAAUUCCCUAAUCCAAAGGAUGAAAUAUGUGUCGGACGAAAUAACUCUACAACGACUCCGACACGUCCGAAAAAGACUAUCGUAUCACUGCCGAUAGUGGCUUCACAACCUCGGUGUCAGACUCUUACAAUCGAAGCUUGUAAAGGAUUGAGUUAUAGCCGAACUUUAUUUCCGAAUUUUGAAAACCAUCGAACACAAGGACAGGCUGGUGCGCUGGUUAAUCACUUCAAACCACUUUUCAAGGUAAAAUGCUCACCCGAUUUGAAGUAUUUUAUAUGUACCUAUUACGCGCCCGUGUGCAAUCCUUUGGGCAAACUUAUCAAGCCUUGUAAAUCGCUCUGCGAAAACGCUCGCAACGAUUGUCGUCAUGUCAUGUCACGAUUUGGGUAUGUGUGGCCUUCUCAGCUUGAUUGUAAUACAUUCCCUAAUCCAAAGGAUGGAAUAUGUGUCGGACGAAAUAACUCUACAACGACUCCGACACGUCCGAAAAAGACUAUCGUAUCACUGCCGAUAGUGGCUUCACAACCUCGGUGUCAGACUCUUACAAUCGAAGCUUGUAAAGGAUUGAAUUAUAACCGAACUUUAUUUCCGAAUUUUGAAAACCAUCGAACACAAGGACAGGCUGAUUCGCUGGUUAAUCACUUCAAACCACUUUUCAAGGUAAAAUGCUCGCCCGAUUUGAAGUAUUUUAUAUGUACCUAUUACGCGCCCGUGUGCAAUGCUUUGGGCAAACUUAUCAAGCCUUGUAAAUCGCUCUGCGAAAACGCUCGCAACGAUUGUCGUCAUGUCAUGUCACGAUUUGGGUAUGUGUGGCCUUCUCAGCUUGAUUGUAAUACAUUCCCUAAUCCAAAGGAUGAAAUAUGUGUCGGACGAAAUAACUCUACAACGACUCCGACACGUCCGAAAAAGACUAUCGUAUCACUGCCGAUAGUGGCUUCACAACAUCGAUGUCAGACGCUUACAAUCAACGCUUGUAAAGGAUUGAGUUAUAGCCGAACUUUAUUUCCGAAUUUUGAAAACCAUCGAACACAAGGACAGGCUGGUGCGCUGGUUAAUCACUUCAAACCACUUUUCAAGGUAAAAUGCUCACCCGAUUUGAAGUAUUUUAUAUGUACCUAUUACGCGCCCGUGUGCAAUCCUUUGGGCAAACUUAUCAAGCCUUGUAAAUCGCUCUGCGAAAACGCUCGCAACGAUUGUCGUCAUGUCAUGUCACGAUUUGGGUAUGUGUGGCCUUCUCAGCUUGAUUGUAAUACAUUCCCUAAUCCAAAGGAUGAAAUAUGUGUCGGACGAAAUAACUCUACAACGACUCCGACACGUCCGAAAAAGACUAUCGUAUCACUGCCGAUAGUGGCUUCACAACAUCGAUGUCAGACGCUUACAAUCAACGCUUGUAAAGGAUUGAGUUAUAGCCGAACUUUAUUUCCGAAUUUUGAAAACCAUCGAACACAAGGACAGGCUGAUGCGCUGGUUAAUCACUUCAAACCACUUUUCAAGGUAAAAUGCUCACCCGAUUUGAAAUAUUUUAUAUGUACCUAUUACGCGCCCGUGUGCAAUCCUUUGGGAAAACUUAUCAAGCCUUGUAAAUCGCUCUGCGAAACCGCUCGCAACGAUUGUCGUCAUGUCAUGUCACGAUUUGGGUAUGCGUGGCCUUCUCAGCUUGAUUGUAAUAAAUUCCCUAAUCCAAAGGAUGGAAUAUUUGUCGGCCGGGCAGUCGAACGAAAUAACUCUACAACGACUCCGACACGUCCGAAAAAGACUAUCGUAUCACUGCCAAUAGUGGCUUCACAACAUCGAUGUCAGACGCUUAGAAUCAACGCUUGUAAAGGAUUGAGUUAUAGCCGAACUUUAUUUCCGAAUUUUGAAAACCAUCGAAGACAAAGACAAGCUGGUGCGCUGGUUAAUCACUUCAAACCACUUUUCAAGGUAAAAUGCUCGCCCGAUUUGAAGUAUUUUAUAUGUACCUAUUACGCGCCCGUGUGUAAUCCUUUGGGAAAACUUAUCAAGCCUUGUAAAUCGCUCUGCGAAACCGCUCGCAACGAUUGUCGUCAUGUCAUGUCACGAUUUGGGUAUGUGUGGCCUUCUCAGCUUGAUUGUAAUAAAUUCCCUAAUCCAAAGGAUGAAAUAUGUGUCGGACGAAAUAACUCUACAACGACUCCGACACGUCCGAAAAAGACUAUCGUAUCACUGCCAAUAGUGGCUUCACAACAUCGAUGUCAGACGCUUACAAUCAACGCUUGUAAAGGAUUGAGUUAUAGCCGAACUUUAUUUCCGAAUUUUGAAAACCAUCGAACACAAGGACAGGCUGGUGCGCUGGUUAAUCACUUCAAACCACUUUUCAAGGUAAAAUGCUCACCCGAUUUGAAGUAUUUUAUAUGUACCUAUUACGCGCCCGUGUGCAAUCCUUUGGGCAAACUUAUCAAGCCUUGUAAAUCGCUCUGCGAAAACGCUCGCAACGAUUGUCGUCAUGUCAUGUCACGAUUUGGGUAUGUGUGGCCUUCUCAGCUUGAUUGUAAUAAAUUCCCUAAUCCAAAGGAUGGAAUAUGUGUCGGACGAAAUAACUCUACAACGACUCCGACACGUCCGAAAAAGACUAUCGUAUCACUGCCGAUAGUGGCUUCACAACCUCGGUGUCAGACUCUUACAAUCGAAGCUUGUAAAGGAUUGAAUUAUAACCGAACUUUAUUUCCGAAUUUUGAAAACCAUCGAACACAAAGACAGGCUGAUGCGCUGGUUAAUCACUUCAAACCACUUUUCAAGGUAAAAUGCUCACCCGAUUUGAAGUAUUUUAUAUGUACCUAUUACGCGCCCGUGUGCAAUCCUUUGGGCAAACUUAUCAAGCCUUGUAAAUCGCUCUGCGAAAACGCUCGCAACGAUUGUCGUCAUGUCAUGUCACGAUUUGGGUAUGUGUGGCCUUCUCAGCUUGAUUGUAAUAAAUUCCCUAAUCCAAAGGAUGGAAUAUGUGUCGGACGAAAUAACUCUACAACGACUCCGACACGUCCGAAAAAGACUAUCGUAUCACUGCCGAUAGUGGCUUCACAACCUCGGUGUCAGACUCUUACAAUCGAAGCUUGUAAAGGAUUGAAUUAUAACCGAACUUUAUUUCCGAAUUUUGAAAAUCAUCGAACACAAAGACAGGCUGAUGCGCUGGUUAAUCACUUCAAACCACUUUUCAAGGUAAAAUGCUCACCCGAUUUGAAGUAUUUUAUAUGUACCUAUUACGCGCCCGUGUGCAAUGCUUUGGGGAGACUUAUCAAGCCUUGCAAAUCGCUCUGCGAAACCGCUCGAAACGAUUGUCGUCAUGUCAUGUCACGAUUUGGGUAUGCGUGGCCUUCGCAGCUUGAUUGUAAUAAAUUCCCUGAUAUAAAACAACAAAUAUGUGUCGGGCGAAAUAACUCCAGAACGACUCCGGCACGUCCGAAGACGACUCGUCCGACAUGAACAGUGCGACAAAAAUUGUAGGAGUCGCGGCGGUGAACAAGAAUUGUUACCAGUUAACGUGUGCAAGAAGCUUAUGAUUUUGAAUUGAGUUCAACUGUGCAGAAUUCUUUCAUCAUGACAGUAAUUUGACAGUAAUUUUUUUAGUUUUUCAUUAGAUUUUGACAAUUUUUACAAUUAGCAAUUAGGUUUUAUUAAGUGUGUCGAAAGAGAAAUUAGACGAUAUGUCAUAUAACGAAGCUGCUGGAAAUUAAUAAUUUAACCCUCGAAGCAAUUGUAGUAGAAAUAACUAAACUGAUAGAUAUGAAAAUAAAGUUGUAAAUACAAUCAAGUGCAC